UCCUGCCGGUGGAGAUGUCCAGCUGGGUGCGGGAGUGCGGAGCAGAGAGCAGCUCCCAGGCGGUGGCCCUGGCUGAAGGCUUCCUACUGGGUCAGUUGGAGCAGAAGAAGCUGGAGGAGCAGCAGCAGAGAAAUCACCUCUUUGCAGAAAAGGGCCCUGCCUUGCCAGCCCCGGAGGGGGCUCCGUUGGCCUCCAGACAGAGCCCCCUAAGAAGGAGCGUCCUGGCAGAGGGAGGGAGAGGGUCACCCUGGGAGGAAGGUGGAACCAGGCCGGGAAUCAGUACUCCAUCAUGGCUUCUUCCUUGUGGCAGAGGGGGAACAGCUGCUGGAGCAGUUCAGGAUUUGCUGGCUUUUGAAGAAAUUGCUGUUUCCUUCAUGGAAGAGGAGUGGGAGCUCUUGGAUCAUGACCAAAGAGCAUUACACAGCCAAAUCAUGGAAGAGUUUUAUGGGACUAUAGCCUGCCUUGCACCACCUGAGGCCAUUUCUGGAGCAUGCUGACCCGACCUCUUGAUUUGAUAAUAGUGCCACUAUCUACAUAAGG